AUGCGCACGGGUGCUGGAAACCAAAAGAGCAACUGCCUUUUAGUUUCCAGCACGUGGGGUGCAUGCGUGCACUGGGAAGAUGAUCUUGUUCUGGAGCUCAUGCCACCUCGUCUUCCAGUUUCUGGCACACAUGCUCUAGGAAAUCAUGAAUUUGAUAAUGGUUUGAAUGGAUUAUUGGAUCCCCUCCUUAAAAAUGUAAAAUUUCCUAUACUGAGUGCAAAUAUUAGACCAAAAGGGCCAAUAGCAAGUAAUAUCUCAGGGUACAUCCUUCCUUAUAAAAUAAUAAAUGUUGGUUCAGAAAAAGUGGGAAUUAUUGGCUAUACCACAAAGGAGACACCUUUUCUUUCAAAUCCAGGACCAUAUUUAGAGUUUCGAGAUGAAGUUGAGGAAUUGCAGAAACACGCAGACAAACUUACUACAUUGGGUGUCAACAAAAUCAUUGCACUUGGUCACUCUGGUUUUAAGGAGGACUGCCGCAUUGCUCAGAAAGUUAAAGGUGUAGAUGUUGUGGUUGGAGGACAUACAAACACAUUUCUUUAUACAGGAAGUCCACCUUCCAAUGAAGUGGCAGCCGGUAAUUAUCCAUUUAUGCAGUUAUCUGAUGAUGGACGCGAAGUGCCUGUUGUUCAGGCAUAUGCCUUUGGAAAAUAUCUUGGCUAUUUGAAUGUCACAUUUGAUGAUAAAGGAAAAGUAAUUAAAGCAUCUGGAAAUCCCAUUUUAUUGAAUAAGAAUAUUCAAGAAGAUCCAGCUGUGAAAGCAGAAGUUACAAGAAUGAAGGAUCAGCUACAGAAUUAUUCCUCGCAAGUAAUAGGGAGAACAAUUGUUUACCUAAAUGGUACGACUCAUGCUUGCCGUUUUCAUGAGUGCAACUUGGGAAAUUUAAUUUGUGACGCUGUGGUUUACAAUAACUUAAGACACCCAGAUGAUAGUGAGUGGAAUCAUGUUUCCAUGUGCAUUGUAAAUGGUGGUGGAAUACGGUCACCUAUUGAUGAACAAGCCAAUAAUGGCAUUAUUACCUUGGAGGAACUGACAGCAGUUUUGCCAUUUGGAGGAACUUUCGACUUGCUGCAGAUCAAAGGUUCUACUCUAAGACAAGCAUUUGAGCACAGUGUUCACCGACAUGGGCAAGGAAGUGGGGAAUUGCUACAGGUCUCAGGCAUAAAAGUGGUGUAUGAUCUCUCCCAAAAGCCAGGGGAAAGGGUGGUCAGCUUAAAUGUUCUUUGCACAGAGUGCAGAGUACCAGCUUACGUGCCGCUUGAGAUGGAAAAGACCUACAAAGUGCUUUUACCUUCUUUCCUUGCUGCUGGCGGUGAUGGAUACUACAUGCUAAAGGGGGACUCAAGUAACCACAGCAGUGGUAAUCUUGAUAUUUCCAUUGUCAGUGACUACAUCAAAAGAAUGGGAAAGGUUUUUCCAGCAAUGGAAGGUCGCAUGAUGUUUUCGGCUGGGACUUUGUUCCAAGUACAUCUUUUCUUGACCUGGGGAUUAUGCAUUUCACUUUUAUAUUUCAUUCUUUAAUUUCAAAGAUAUUUCAGACUCUUUGGUCAACAUUUAGUUCAUGCACUCUCGGAAGCCAGCAUGUAAAUUCUUAAUUAACCUUGGAGUGAUUGGAAUCCUUUGAAAUUUAUUACAUACUAUGUGUAUAUGAUUUAUGUAUCUAAUGUGUGUAUAUAAUG